AUGAUGUUCCCGAGCCAUCACGGGAGUGGAGGCCAGCAGCGACAGCAACAAGUACCGUGUUGCGCUCAACAACGGCCAGGUCAGUCCGCAGCGCCAACCGCACCCCUUUGCCGCCCAGCGACUGCCGCCGUACCAGCCCCAUUCGCUGUCUCACUCGCCCAUGGUUCCUACUAUCUCCCCCUCCCGCUUGCUUACUCUCUGUACUCACCACCUCCGUCCCCUCGUUUCCCCCCCAAUCCGCUUCCCCUACACCAGACAUGGCUGGUGUACCUGUCGUCGCCGCUAACCCUAAGGCAGGACGGGUCGACGCUGGCAGCGGACGUACCGUUCACGGGGAUGAUGCACGUGGCGCUGCUGCCGGGCUCCUCCCCGCAGGACGAGGAGGCGCUGCUGGACGCGCACGUGCCCACGGUGCCGGUGGGGGGGAGUGCGCAGGUGGGAGCGUUCCACAUCAAGUACACCUGGCGCACGCAGCAGUGGCGCGACCCGGCCAAUGGCAACACCGAGGCGCCGCUGCUCAUGCUCUCACUGCCAAUGCACCGGCGCAUGGAGGUGAGCGCGCACAGCCCCUCCUCUGCCUCUGCCCUCCGCCGUCACCGCAGCAGCUCCCCUUCCGGCGCCAUGGGCGCCCUCCGCGGCCACCACAACUCCGCGUCUGCCAGACCCUCUAUCACAUGCGGCAAUGCACCGUGGUCGUCCGUGGGAGAUGAGUCGGUGCCCGAUGCGUCAGUGCUGGCCUACCCCACCAUCGACGGCCAGGCGGUGGGCAUGCAGGGGGCGGUGUGGCGCCUCAAGGUUCCCAAGCGGCCGUCCACGUGGCGCGCAGGGCCACUCUCGUCUGACCCCCAGCUGCUGGACGAGCUGAGGGCCAGCCUCAAGCAGGACGUGGCGGCGCUGCCGCCCCUCUCCUCUCCCUCCACCUACUCCUUCGGCAAGACAGCAGCACGUGCCGCCCGCCUGGCGCUGAUCGCAAAGCAGAUGCGGGAUGAGGACAGCCUGGCCGCCGUGCUGCCGCCCCUGCGGACCGCGCUCUCCGCAUGGCUGGAUGGCACCUUCUCCGGUAACCGCCUGCUGUACGACCCCACGUGGGGUGGCGUGGUGAGUGAGGCGGGGUCGCGUGACCAGGGGGCGGAGUUUGGAGCGGGCAUGUACAACGACCACCACUUCCACUACGGCUACUUCAUCUAUGCCGCUGCCACCGUCGCCAAGUUUGAUCCCGCGUGGCGCGACCAGUACCGUGCGCCGCUGAAGGACCUGAUGGCGGACUACAUGUCAGCGGAGCGCACCGCGGCGUUCCCGAGGCUGCGGCACUUUGACGCGUACGCGCUGCACUCGUGGGCCAGCGGGCUGUUUGAAUUCGGCGACGGGCGCAACCAGGAGAGCUUCAGCGAGGCGGCCAACGCGUACUACGCGGCGGCGCUGCUGGCGUCCGCGGUGUUUGCGGACGGCAACCGCGUGGUGGGUGUGCUGUGGUCCACCAAGCGUGACGCGGCGCUGUGGUUCGUCCCGCCAGCGGACAUGGAGAAGCGCGUGGGCAUCCAGGUGCUGCCCGUGUCGCCCUUCCUCACCCACCUCUUCCCGGACCACGAGUUUGCCAAGCAGCUCGUGGAGUGGGCGCAACCCGUGCUGAGUGGCGCCGCCACGGACGAGUGGCGCGGCUUUGCGUGGGCGCUGCAGGCGCUGUACGACCCGCAGGGGGCCAGGACGAACAUUGCUGCUCUAACGGCGUUUGAUGAUGGCAACUCCAAGACCAAUAUGCUCUGGCUGCACUUCUCCAUUCCUUCCAGAUCACGUGCACCACAACUGCCUACUUAUACCCAAUACCUCCUCCAUGCCCCUUGUGCUGCUCUCUUUCCCCCUCUCUCCAACCUCCACUCCCUCUUUCCCCCACCUCUCCUCCUCGCUGGCGGAUGGUGA